UUGCAACUCAGUGUACAAGCUUAUCUCACCGUAUUGCAAUUGAUUGCAAUGUUGUUUUGGCCUUUUGUUUGAUCAAUAUACAAUAUAUAAAAAGUUUGUAUCAUGUUACUAACUAGAAAUGUAACAAGAAAUGGUCUUUUUAAAGCCUUGUUGUGUAUGUCAAGACCAAAUACUAUUAGUAAAUAUUUAACACAGCAGAUUAGUAUUCAGUGUAAAAGACGUAUAGGUUAUCUUGUAAUAUCCCCCAAUGUUUAUUCAAAGUCACACAAUGAUUCGACAGCGAUAAAUUGUAAAUUAAUAUCAAAUUUUAGUUCAGGUAAUUGCACGUGUCCUCAAAGUGAGCUGGAACUUACACCUGUAAGAUUUGAGAAAGUUUCAGAUGAAACCCUUGAAUCUUUGACUGAGUAUUUUGAUGAAUUAAUAGAAAAAGCAUCACAUUUGACAGAGGCAGAUGUAUCAUAUGGAGAUGGUGUAUUGACUGUUAAAUUUGGUAAUUCUUAUGGUACUUAUGUUAUAAAUCGCCAAACUCCAAAUAAACAGAUUUGGUUAUCUUCUCCAAAAUCUGGCCCAAAAAGAUAUGAUUUUGUGAAUGGUAAAUGGAUCUAUAAACACGAUGGAAAAACAUUACAUGAGUUACUUAACAAUGAAAUACCAGCAAUUAUAAGGGAUCAAGCAGAUUUUAACAAGUGUUCCUUUAGUGGCAAAGAGAAAGAAGCUGUAAUGAAGACUGUUUAAUCAUAUCAUUUGGUGCUUAAAAUUGUAAUUAUAAUUAGGAUCAUCAGAUGUACUUUGUUGAAAAUACAAAAUUUCACGUUUCAUGUAUAUAUUAUAACAGAUUUUAUCUUGAAGUAGAUAAUACAUUGUAAUACAUUUAUGUGAGUAUUUAUAUUUUUAUAAAAUAUUCACACAAUUAAAUAUUUGCAUGGUAGAGUGGCACCUUUUAUAGAAUUCUUCUUUCUCUGAGUAUAACAUAAUGCUUAAUGUAUAUAAAAAAACAUGUGUACAGUUCAGGUAUAAAAAUAGUAUACUUAAACAUUUAAUAAUAUAAUGAAAACCAUUAAAGUAUAUAAAUUAUACAUGUAUAGUCACUUUUGAUGUAUGUUUGUUAUAUAUUAUUUAUUCAAUAUUUUAUAGUGUAAAUAAAUAACAUACAAAAGGU